AUGGCUCACCCACCAGCAAGACUAAUAAAUUGGAGCCAGUUCCCCACCCGCAAGAAGCAAUGGAGGGAAGAACAGGAAAGGGGGUUUAUAUUGGACGGCAAUGCCGUGAGCAGCCUGACACGUAGUAACAGACUGCCCCAUCUGUGGGGGGCUAUCCCUCCAUACAACCCACAGCGGGACCCUCAUACCCAGUCAUAUUUUAGGAACCCCUCAGUCCAGGCAUUGCUUAAGAAGACUAGACAGGGUCAUGGCGGGAUCUCAGCAAAUGGUUUGAUUGCGGAUUUUGACAACAUCUGGGGAACAGAACCAAGAUACUUGGACCAGAGAAACUGGAGUGGAGCAGGACACUGCCGGACAUUGUUCACCGGUCACAGCAGCUUUCUUUCUAACUUCCACCCUCUGAUUGGUUACAAUGGGCGUUUUGGAUAUCGUCGGAAUACUCCCUCCCUCCGCAACAAGUCGUCUUGUUUUGGUGAAGUCAGCCCUUUCUCUUGUCAUUAA